CAGGCUGACGUACGCGACAUUGUGAACUUUGUCUUCGAUUCAAUCGUUGCGGUCGCGUCGACCGUUUGCCUUCAAGUCAAUCGUUUUGGCCUAAAUCUUAGCCUAAUACACGGAAAAGCGGCCUGCCUUGUUCAUAUUUCAUAGAUUGACGUGUAACGACGAACGUAACGAAAUGGCGGACGAUUCGAGUGUACGUGUCGCCGUACGAAUAAGACCUCAAGUAGCUCGCGAAGUGAUUGAUAUGUGCAGGAUUUGUACUCAAGUACCUCAAGGAGAACCACAGGUUUUCCUUGGACCUGAUAAGGCUUUUACAUAUGAUUAUGUUUUUGACACACAGUCAGAUCAGAAUUCUAUUUAUGAAAUAUGUGUGAACCGUCUGGUGGAAGGUGCUUUGGAUGGUUACAACGCAACAGUUCUUGCUUAUGGACAGACCGGCUCGGGCAAAACUUACACUAUGGGCACUGGUUUUGAUGUAGAAGUUGAUGAAAAUAUAGUUGGGAUCAUACCUAGAGCUAUUAGGCAUCUUUUCAAUGGAAUAGCGGAUAAACAGGAACAUGCAAGGGAACGUGCACAGAUGCCUCCUGAGUUUAAGGUCACAGCGCAAUUUUUAGAGUUAUAUAAUGAAGAUUUAAAGGAUUUGUUAGAACCAGGAGGGCCGAGAGGAGGUGCCCGUAUUCACGAAGAUACUACGGGUAAUAUACAUUUGGCCGGAGUAGAGCCGCGCGUCGUAACUAGCGCUGAACAAGCAUUGGAGUAUCUUCGAUUGGGUGCGUUAUCACGCACAACAGGAUCCACGCAGAUGAAUACACAGUCGUCGAGAUCGCACGCCAUAUUUACAUUAUACAUUAAACAACAAAGAUGCAUCAAAGUCGAGGACCCGGACGCAGAUGUUGAUACGAGCGGCUGCGAAUUGGCGAACGAAUUUGAAAUGUUAACCGCAAAGUUUCAUUUUGUCGAUCUGGCCGGUUCUGAAAGAUUAAAAAGAACGGGUGCUACCGGAGAUAGAGCGAAGGAAGGCAUUUCUAUAAAUUGUGGACUGUUGGCGUUAGGUAACGUCAUUUCCGCUCUGGGUGACAAAACUAAGAAGGCUUUACAUAUACCAUACAGAGAUUCGAAAUUAACCAGAUUACUUCAAGAUUCUCUUGGAGGAAACAGUCAAACUGUCAUGAUUGCGUGCGUAUCACCGAGCGACAGAGAUUUUAUGGAGACACUGAGCACCUUAAAAUAUGCGAAUCGAGCGAGAAACAUUAAGAACAAAGUUACUAUUAAUCAGGAUAAGAGCUCGAGGACGAUCGCUUCGCUUCGUCGUGAAAUACAGCAGCUUCAAUUAGAAUUAAUGGAAUAUAGACAAGGCAAGAGAGUAGUCGGCGAAGAUGGAGUUAAUGACGCCUGGCACGAAAAUCAAAUGUUAAGCAGCGAAUUGCAAAGUCUGCGGACGAGAGUAAAAGCACUUUCAGAAACGGUAGAAGCAUUAACUGCGAAAAAUGUUCUUUUGCUCGCGGAGAAAGCAGCAGGUCAAUGGAUGGCAGCAUCAAGUGGAGGUGACGAGCAGGUGACUAGUUUGGUGCAAGGCUAUGUUCAGGAGAUAGAAGAGCUAAGAGCUCGUCUAUUAGAGGCGGAAGCUAUGUAUCAGCAAUUGAAGAAGAGACAAAUGCAGGUUAACGCGGCUAAUCCGUACGGAGACAGUUCGUUUCAUUCCGAUUCCUCAACUUUAUUGAGCGACGCUAAGAAGGAUCUCGAGAAGGAGAUUGAAACAUGGAAAGCUUUGAAGGACCAGCAUAGCCAUGGUAAUUCUAGUGUGAAGGCUGUGGAAGAAGGAGAAAUCGACGAUGCGGAAAAUGCGCAGGAUUCUGUGAGCGAAGAUGAUUCCGACGAUGAUUCCGAUCGUAAAGAAGAAGACGAAGAAGAAGCAGCCAUGGGUCGCGAAUUGGAAGCGUUAACGUCCGACAUUGACGUCAAGCAACGUUUGAUACAAGAACUCGAGCUUUCCCAAAGACGCUUGCAAACCAUGAAGCAACAUUACGAAGAUAAGCUGGCGCAAUUGCAAGCUCGCAUCAGAGACACGCAGGAGGAAAGAGACAAGGUGUUGAUGUCUUUACAACAACAACCCGCACCGCCCACCGAGAAGGUGAAGAAAUUACGCGACGAAUACGAGAAAAAGCUCUCCAAUAUGCAGAAAGAGAUGCGACUUUUGCAGUCCGCUAAGAAAGAGCACGCGAGAUUGUUAAAGAAUCAGUCACAAAGCGAGAAUAGAUUGCGGGGCCUGAGAAAUGAGCUGUCGGAGAUGAAGAGAGCGAAGGUGAAACUGUUAAAUAAAAUGCGAGAAGAGGCGCAACGGCACAAGGAGAACGAGCUGAGGCGCAACCGAGAAAUCGCGCAGUUACGUAAGGAAAGUCGUAAGAAUGCGAAUGUAAUUAGAACUUUAGAAGCCGACAAGAGAAUGAAGGAAGUUGUGCUCAGACGAAAGCAAGAGGAGGUAACGGCAUUACGAAGAAGAGACAGGGGCUUGAGUCAAAAAACCGCCGGUCGCAUACCGGCUAAACCAAUUAAUCCCAAAGCAUUAAAGCAAAGAUGGCAAACGUUCGAGAGAACAAUCGCUAAGCAAGCGUUAGCAAAGCAGGCCGCCGCGGAAACAGAGAGAGAAAUGGAAAGAUUGCUUCAAGAGAGGGAAGAGUUGGGAAGAGAUCUGGAGAAGCUUCAGAAGCAUAGGAACGUCAUCGCAAAUUCGAGAGGUGACACCACAGACGUCGACGAAGAAAUCGAUAAUGUGAAGAGUAAAAUCAGCUAUUUACAGGACAGUAUCUCAGAAUGUCAACGGGAUAUGGUUGAGAUGGGCGACGGUGAAGCAGAAGGCGAGCCUGGUGUUGAAAUGCUCAUCUCCACUAUUCGAACGAUGGACGAGGCCCAGUACUUACUGCAACGAAUGCUGGCGUUUACUGUAGAGCAAAGUUGCGUGGCCGCACAAAAGCAACUCGAAGUACGUGAUAUGGAAUCACGGCUCAAUCAAGUUGCGCAAGAGAGUGACGUACAGCAUCAAUUACUGGAGCAUGUAUUACGUGACAGAGACCUUUUAUCGCUCACAAACAAUCAUAAUAAUGCAUUAGCUUACAGUCCGGCCAGUUCAAGAAGCUCCUCACCUGAUAACGAAAGUUAUAGCCAAAUUGUACUUGGCGAAGAAAAACAGCGUAACAGUAAAGUCAGAAGAAGAACGGCACAGCCACAAGAACUUCUUUACGGUAUACACGCUAGUCCGGAGAAUGUAAAAGCAGACGAUCAGAAUCAAAAUCAUAACCACCCUCUUACAAGGGUUCCUAGUGCACCAGGUAGCCUAAAAGGACUGGUAUUAACGAGGAAUCAGUAUGGUAGCACUGUGACUGGUGGAUCGCCAACAUUGACUCGUCGCGACAGCACAUCGCCCAGAGCUCUGCGACGACCGAUUCAUCUAGGCGGAGGCUCCAUGGAGCAAGUAGCGCACACGGAUAUAUCUUCGCCCCCUGGAUCACCAACUACCUACAGGCGGUUCAAUAGCCGCGAAGAAAACGUUUUUUCGAGACUAACCGCGAGUAGGCAACCAAUCGCGUCUGAACCGCAGCCAAUGAAGGGAAUUAUCUCACAGUAUCAGGGCAAGACGCAGCCACGGGCCAUUUUACAAUGCUCCCAUGUAGCCGAAGGACACAGCAAAGCCGUCCUUACUGUGUGUGUGACGUCGGAUUUACUUUUCAGCGGUUCCAAAGAUCGCACGGUGAAAGUAUGGGACUUGGAAACGGGGAUCGAAAGCCUAACUUUAAGCGGACAUCCCAACAACGUCGUCGCUGUGAGAUACUCCGCUGUUAAUCAGCUCCUGUUUAGCGUGUCUGCGGCAUACGUUAAAGUCUGGGAUUUGAGGGCCGGCAACAACUGUAUAAAAACGCUGUUCUCCUCCGGUCAAGCUCAGAGCGGCCCCAUCGCAUUGUCGACUCCGUCCAGGACGCUUCAGCUGCCCAUGGGCGAGACGACGAUCAACGAUCUGGCACUCAGCUUAGAUGAGCAGGAAUUGUACACAGCAUCCAGCGAUAAAGUACGAAUAUGGGAUCUGCGUAAGCUGACAUACAUCGGUAGGCUAAGCACACCGCACACAGCGGCGGUCAUGUGCCUAACCGUCGCUGAAGACGGCAGAGUUAUAGCUGGCAGCAAGGAUCACCUGAUAUCGCUCGCCGAAGCUAAUGUGUCGGGGCCAUCUGUUAGCUUGGCGCCGCCACACUAUGACGGAGUGGAGUGUCUUACUACGAUAGGUUCUACGCUAUUUUCCGGUUCCAGAGACAUGUGCAUCAAGCGAUGGGAUGUGAACAAAAUGGAAUUAGUUCAAUCUUUAAACAACGCGCACAAGGACUGGAUUUUAGGAUUGUGCACAGUAAAUAACGGUUCUGUGAUGGUCUCAGGAUGUCGUGGCGGUGUACUGAAAGCAUGGUGCGUUCCCAAAGAUCAUUCGGGGGAAUGCACGCCUAUCGGAGAGGUCCGAGCGCAUGCCUCCGCUAUCAACGCCGUCGCAACCAACCAACAGCACAUAUUCACAGCGAGCAACUCUGGAGAGGUGAAGCUGUGGCGUAUACCCGAUCCCUCAUUAUCUAUGUCCAUCUCCACAGUUUCCCUUUAACUUUAUUUGCUUUUUGCUUGUGCGUCUCACUGUUAUGCGUCUACCUUUUUUGGUGAUGCGCGCAUGUUUGCGUCUAGUUUAAACUCUGUCUUUUUACAUAUAACAUAGUAAGCAAGGCUGCAUUAUCUAUGUCUAUAACUUACAUCAGAUGUUACUAUAUAUUUGGUCAUUUUUUUCACAAUAUUAUAUUUCCUAAUGCUUAGAGUGCCGAAUGAAAGUGAGCGCGAGUGAACUUCGUAACUAUGUGUUUGCAUUUUGUUUGCAAGAGUUUGUAUGACUUUUAAUUGCCAUCACAAGAUUUUUAACCGUUUUGAAAAGUGAAAACAUUGCGUUGCGAAAGGAUUGAAUUUAGAUAUACUAAGUCGCUAAGUAUGCCUAAUUUUGUGUACACAUAUUUUGCGAUUAUUAAUAUAAAACUAUUUUUUUCUUUCUAGUCAACAAAUCAAAAUUACAUAAGAAAGUAAUAUCACUUACAUGACUAUAUGUCUCUAUUAGCUCAAUGUAUAUAUAAACGUAUAAUUUACAUACGUUAUUUUAUUUGCUUCUAUGUUGUUUACUCCAAUUUGGUGCUUUGCAUGGUCAUCGUAUCGAUACGAAGUGACGGAACUGUAAGAUUGUGGAACUACUAUAAACGAGAAGCAAGGACCUUCCAGAGGAGCAACUCGCUGAAAAGCUAAUAUCUACGCGUC